AUGAAGGUUAACUCAAUUAUUGCAGUUUUGGCUAUUUCCACAGCAGCCCAAGCAUUCAAUCCACAUGAACUUCUUGGAAAGCUUCAAGCUGCAACUUAUUCUUCACAAUCCUUUAACAAUUGUCCAAAAGAUGCGUGCAAAAAGGCUGGUGAAGAAAAGAUUUCCGACUGUGGCAAGAGACAAGAUAAUGGUGUGUUUUCUUGCAUUUGCAAUUUGUCAGAUGACUUUUUCGAUAACUUGAGUCAGUGUCUUGACGACUGUCCUUUGCUUGCACGUGCAGUUGAAGGGGGCGAUAGUGACUCUGAUGCAUUAAAGGAUGCUUUCUGUCGUAAUGCUUCACUGAAUUCAGACUCAUCGAGUGAGUCCACUGAAUCAAGUGAAUCAGCCACCACUACAGAGUCGGAUGAUUCGUCAGCAACCAAAGCUGCUGCUGCCGCUGCUGCCACUGAAUCUUCUUCUUCUUCUUCUUCAUCAUCAUCAUCAUCAUCAUCGGCAUCCAGUUCAAGUGCUAGCGAAUCAUCCUCCACUUCAUCAGCUAGUUCAAGUGAGAGUACUUCCGACUCAAGUGCUUCUGCUUCCGCUGCUGCUGCUACUGGAGGUGCUGAAAACAAUGCUGGUACUUUGGCACUUGGCUCGUCAGCAUCAUUUGUUGCUGUUGUUUUGGCUGCGCUCGUUUAA